AUGGCGGUCAAUCGGAUUCGCGGGGCCUUUGCCGUCCCUAGGAAGGGAGAGACCUUCGAACUGCGUGCAGGACUUGUUUCUCAGUAUGCGUACGAGCGCAAGGAGUCGAUCCAGAAGACGAUCAUGGCAAUGACGUUGGGCAAGGACGUGUCGGCUUUGUUCCCUGAUGUUCUCAAGAACAUUGCUACAGCAGACUUGGACCAGAAGAAGCUGGUUUAUCUAUACCUGAUGAACUACGCGAAGUCGCAUCCAGACCUCUGCAUCUUAGCCGUCAAUACAUUCGUCCAAGACUCCGAAGACCCGAAUCCCCUCAUCCGCGCGCUGGCGAUCCGAACGAUGGGCUGCAUCAGAGUUGAUAAGAUGGUAGAUUACAUGGAAGAACCGUUACGGAAGACACUGAGAGACGAAUCGCCAUACGUUCGCAAAACGGCUGCUAUUUGCGUCGCUAAGCUUUUCGACCUCAACCCCACGAUGUGCAUAGAAAACGGCUUUCUGGAAUCCCUCCAGGAGCUUAUCGGAGACCCGAAUCCCAUGGUGGUUGCGAACUCGGUCCAGGCGCUGUCAGAGAUUACAGAGACCGCACCAGAGACAAGAGCGCUCGUGGUGACCCCGACUACGUUGAAGAAGCUGCUGAUGGCCCUGAACGAGUGUACGGAGUGGGGGCGCGUCACCAUCUUGACUACACUGGCCGACUACCCGGCAAUGGACGCCAAGGAAGCCGAACACAUCUGCGAGAGAGUUGCGCCGCAGUUUCAGCAUGUAAACCCCAGUGUGGUUCUGGCAGCUGUCAAGGUUGUCUUCAUCCAUAUGAAGGCCGUCAGCCCUGAACUGGUACGCUCUUACCUCAAGAAGAUGGCGCCACCUCUGGUGACUCUCGUGGCUUCUGCUCCCGAGGUUCAAUAUGUGGCUCUCCGCAACAUCGACCUUCUUCUCCAGGCCAAGCCCGAUAUUCUGAGCAAGGAGCUGCGUGUGUUUUUCUGCAAAUACAAUGACCCUCCCUACGUUAAGCUCCAGAAGCUCGAGAUUAUGGUGCGGAUAGCCAACGAGAAGAACUUUGACCAGCUUCUUGCGGAACUGAAAGAAUACGCUCUCGAAGUCGAUAUGGACUUCGUCAAGCGUGCAGUCAAGGCGAUUGGCCAAGUAGCAAUCAAGCUCGAGGGUGCUAGCCAAAAGUGUGUGAAUGCGCUGCUUGACUUGAUCGCUACCAAGGUCAACUACGUUGUUCAGGAAGUGGUUGUGGUAAUUAAGGAUAUCCUUCGAAAGUACCCCGGUUACGAAGGCGUCAUUCCGACUCUUUGCAAGUAUAUCGACGAGCUGGACGAGCCGACUGCUAGGGGAUCGUUGAUCUGGAUUGUGGGAGAGUACGCCGAGAAGAUCAAUAAUGCAGACGACAUUCUGGCCAGUUUCGUGGACGGCUUUAUGGAAGAGUUCACACAGACGCAACUUCAAAUUCUUACCGCAGUUGUCAAGCUCUUCCUCAAAAAGCCUAGCAACAAUCAGAGUCGCGGGGUGGGGUGGAAGCCCAAGGCCACAACAGACAACGACAAUCCAGAUAUCAGAGAUAGAGCUUACGUCUACUGGCGCCUUCUGUCAGGCGACUUGGACGUCGCCAAGAAUAUCGUGCUCUCGCAGAAGCCUGCCAUUACUACAACCAUGACCAGCCUUCCGCCAGCGCUGCUUGAGCAACUACUCGCAGAGCUUUCCACUCUUGCUUCAGUGUACCACAAGCCACCAGAAUCCUUUGUUGGCAAGGGCCGCUACGGAGCAGACGAGAUCCAACGUGCAGCCAUCCGCGAGCAACGACAGGAAGCGGCCGAAAACCCAAUCGCAGCGUCGGUGGCGGCCGCAGCCAACGGCACUACCUCGUCACAAAACAACAUCGAAAACCUUCUCGACAUCGACUUUGAUGGCGCCGCUCCUGCGUCGGCUGAGCAACAGAGCAAUGCCAACACUCCAGACCGAUUAUCUAGCCCCUCGGGAGGUGCUUCUUCUAGUGCCAUGGCCGAUAUGAUGGGUCUCUUCGACGCCCCUCCGCCGCCGCAGCAACAGCAGGCAAUGGCUAACCCGAUGAGCUCUGGUGCAGGCGGCAGUGGCAUGGAUGACAUGAUGAAUGGUUUCUCCGGGCUUGAUUUUGGGAACACGGGAUCGGGCCAGCCCCUGCCGGCUGCCAUGCAAUUACAUCCAACCCCACAAGCACAACAGCCGAGCGAAGGAAACGGGAAGAAGACGAAUGAGGACUUGUUGGGGCUCUUCUAG